CGGCGGCAAAUCGGAGCACAUGCUGGACCGUGGAGCGAAUGCCGUAACUACCGGUGGCAAAUGUCGAAACGGAGAUCAGACAAGCCUCAACGACAAGUGGACGAGGCACGGCCGCCUAUAAUACCGAAAAGGAAGGAGGGAGAGGAAGAGAGUCGCACACAGCCUGUUGAUGCGGGCGCGCUGAAACAUCUCCCGCGGACAAGUGCGCGCGCGCACAGAAAGACAGCUGCAGACAACGCGAGCUAUACAUCCUGCCGCGCGCUGGACGUAUCGAGCGGUGACGGCUAUUGGAACAGGAAGCAUACGCCGUUCCACUCGCGAACCUCGAGGCCUGGCCAGAUCCCAUCUCUCCGAUAUCGCUGAGCCAGAGCCGCGGGAGAUUUCUCCACAGGGUCCACCGUGGUGUAUACUUAUACACACGAAUCCGGCCGCAGGCGGCGAAUUUCAGGGCGGUGGACGCGAGAAAUUCGUUACUUCCAGCGGGGCUCACUGAGCAGCUGCAUCGCUAAGCAUCGUCGCCGCCCAAGGUCUAAACAAAACACCGGUGCGGCGGCGGAUGCAACACGGCACGGAGCGACACUACGAUGGGAGUAAAGCAAUGAUGGAGAUGCGGGACGGCAGUGCGACCGCGAGCCCCAGUGACCGCCUGGUGGUGACAACGCGCUACGACGUCUUGAGGGACACCAGUGAAGAUGAAAGCGAUGAGUCACUUCACUGCCAUGCAAACCACCAGCCAAGGCGUUCGACCAAGGUGGCACAGAGACAACUCAUUAUCAGCUGCCUCAUCUGCCUUACAUUUAUGAUAGCUGAAGUAGUAGGUGGCUACAUGUCCAACAGCCUAGCUAUCAUGUCGGACGCCGCUCACCUGUGCGCCGACUUGGCUGGCUUUCUGAUCUCCAUCUUUGCUGUCUGGAUUGCACAGAAGUCUCCCACGAAGAGACUGUCCUUUGGCUUCUAUCGCGCAGAAGUCCUGGGUGCUGUGCUGAGUGUCGUGUUCAUCUGGGUGCUAACGGGCAUCCUAGUUUACACAGCCGUGCAGCGGAUCUACCAUGACGACUAUGACAUUGAUGCAGACAUCAUGCUCAUAGUCUCUGGCACGGGUGUUGCCAUGAACAUCAUCAUGGGGCUGGUGUUGCACGGCUGCUGCCCUUGUGCGGGCAUGAGUCAGCACGGCCACAACCAUGGCCUCGGCGGACACAGCCAUGGCCGCACCAGCGAACGCUCCAACAUCAACAUCCGCGCAGCCUUCAUCCAUGUCCUGGGGGACCUGCUGCAGAGCAUAGGCGUGCUCAUAUCGGCUUACAUCAUCAAGUACAAUAGCCAGUACAAGAUAGCAGAUCCCAUCUGCACGUUCAUAUUUUCGGCUCUUGUGUUGUUUACGACUGUGUCGAUCCUGAGGGAUGCUGUGUUCAUCCUAAUGGAAGGAUUUCCAAGGGACCUCUCUUACAACACUGUAAAGUCAGCACUGCAAAGCAUCAAAGGUGUCCGAAUGGCACACAGCCUCCACGUAUGGUCAUUGACAGCCAACAGAUGUGCCCUGGCCGUACACUUAGCCAUCGAUCCUGACACAGACCAGGCAGCUGUGCUUCAAGCAGCUCAGAAGCUGGUGCGAAAGAGCUUUGGCAUCCACAGUUCCACCAUCCAAGUGGAGAUGUUCAGCCCCAAUGAGAUGCUUUCUUGCGAAACCUGCAAGGGACCGUGACACCCUGCGGAUCGUUACUUUUUUUAGGCCUAAUUCAGCACACGUUGAGCAAAGUAGUUAUUUAGUGAAUCACAGUUGCUCGCAGAAGUUUUCAAAGCGUUGAAACAGAGAAAAAAGAAGCUGAAUUUCCUCGCGGUCUUACUGUGUGUUCAGGAAGUCGGGGGAGCCCUCAGCCAGUGUGUCCAUUCACACUUCUUUCAGUUCCUAAUUCUGCACUUAGGUCGAGAGGAAAUUCAGUUCUACGUUUUCCUUGUGUUAACCUUUGCAGUCUGAAUGCCUCUGCAAGCAACCCAUUGGGGCAGUAUUUUCAGUCAAUCUCUUUCAGUGGAUGCAUUCACUUUAGUGACAUUUCAUGUAACGAAGGAACAGGACACAUCAGCAUCUACAAGUAAGCAGUGUUUCGAAAUUGGCACAGUGUCAAGAGCACGGUUGCUUGUAGACGCUGGCACAUCAUGCGCCUACUUGUGCAAAGUGUCGCAACAGGGAUGGCAUACCCCGAAGUGAAUGACUGAGAAUAACACUCUUGUAUGUGGCUCUGUGCUUGCAAAUGUGUGUGCAAGAUAACUUCUGGUGUACUGCCAGACAUUCUCGCCUGGUCACAUCACCUGAGCAACCACGAUUCUGUUUGCUCAUGAUAUUGUCGUCGGUGGCGUUUAGUCAUAACUGCGUUGUCAGUAUGCUUUGGCUCAGCUGUGGCCAAGCAAGGUGAGAGAAAUCUAGCCACAAUCCACUGCUGAUGUUUGCAGCCCUAUAGCAUAGUGCUGUCUUCUUCUUGCCCAUUUUCAGAGUGCAGCUUUCAAUAGUCAGUUAUUGCCUGUUGACUACUAUGAAUCUCUGAUAUGAUCAACUGUAAGAAGAUUCAAAUAUAUAUGUGCUGCAAACCUUGGGCUUCUCAUUUUAGGACUUCUAUAGCAUUGUUUGUUCGUUUUAUGCUUGCAAUAAUAACGCCCGUGUGCAUUGCAAAUAUCAGAAGGACAUGAUGAAAGUGGUGCUUUGAACAUGAUCUUUUUUUUUUUAUCACCAGAUACAGUUGCACUUAUCUGCUGUGCACCUGAAGCUUCAGCUGACUCGCAGUUCAAACUUGCAUAGUAAUUAAAAGUCGGAUUGAUAAAAAUUAAAUCACUUAUCUUGAGCUGGGUUUUCAAAUAUGAUUGUACGGCCUCCCGAAAAAGCCAGGAUCUGAACUUGUUGAAAGAGUAGGCAUCUUUAGUGCACAGUGCAAAUAAAAUACAGGUGUAACAUAUAAAGAAGGCCCCCCACUCUCUUUCCCUAUCACCUUUGCUGGAAUGUCAGGAAUAUAGGUAGUUCCUUCAAAAAUACCCUUGCCCCCCCCCCCCCCCCACCUCUUUCCGUGAAACAAUCCUGCUGUUUACGUGCUUAAAUUUCUGUGCAAUAGUAAAUUAUGGCAUAUGUGUCGAGUGCAAGAUGCAAGGCUUUUCUCAGGUGUCUGUAAUCCAACAAUGUCAAGGCACCAAAUUGCAUGAUGUCCGCUAGUAAGCGAUUCAAGCAAAACUGCUUUCAGGAGAAGUUUGAACUGACAUAAGUCGGCUGUACUGUAUGUUCAUCAUAACCAUGACAUAGUUAGGUAUGUUUUUAUGCAUUUAAAAUGGGUCUCUUAUAGUUUUCUAACAGAGCAGUAACAUGUUCCUCUACAGCUUGUACUAUAGAAGUAAACAGUGCAUUUUGAUAAAUCUACAUUGCGAGCUGGGCUUUAGCCAUAAGAGACCAUCACUUUUCUGCCUUGAGCGCAGAGAGAACUGCCACAACCUUCAUAUCGUUGGGGUUGCCAAAGUGUGUCGUUAUUCAAGACGAAAAAAAAAAGUGUUCCUAAGUUUCCUCGUGAUGUGUGUGUCUGGUAUUGUGCUGACAGAACCAGUGAAACAAUUCUACGCAAAUAGGCUAAGAUGUGCCCUUCAGAUAGCAGUUGCAUUAAUGGACCUUGAGGGACCUCUGCCCUAAAUCUGUUUGGGUUUGAGAUACUGCUUCUUUGGUUAUAGUGUAUGCUCAGUCUUCCGUAACAAAUUAGGAUCGUGCUAUGUGUCAGAUUCUUAUUUAUUACAGUUUGCGGUACCAAACUGUACUGCAUCACGACUGCAUUGUGUUCUAAUUGAAACUAGGUUGUCACCUAGAUACCUAGAGGUAGCUGCUGAGAGAGAAAGAAAUGGAUCUCGUUCGCAGGACAAGGGCAGUAGCUAGUUCAUUUGGCAACACACUAUGCAAUAUCACUUGGCAGAUGCAUGUUUACAUGUACAAGCAGCACAGCUGUGUAAAAUGCAAGCCUUUCAAGAGGCAACCAAUGCAUAUCUGAAUUGAUGUGUGGACACAGGUGGUGAUUGUUAAAAGCAUUGAGCUGCAUAUGGGAACAUAUAGUAUCUCUUGCUCGCUCACAUGCUGAUGACCAUUGAACAUAGUCACCACUGAGCUUAUGGUAGCUGUUUGUACUAAGCAGCAUGUCUGUACUGCAUAGGUAAUUUAACUUGGGUAGACAACAUUCAUUGCUCUGUAAACUAAUGCUUAACAAUUGAUACGUCCCCCUCGCAGUGAUCUCGAUAGUAGUUCAGCUCGGCAAGCCUUAGUAGCAAUCGGCAUGUACGACACCAAAGUGUGAUAGACUCACAGAGUAUGCUUGCUUCUGGUAUAUGCUAGCUCGCUUGUUAGGGCUUUGUAAACAUACGGUGCACGCAGUUCAAGCUCAUUUAGCUUCUUGUGUACUUUUCAUUGCAUUUUCUUGUGUACUUCUUUGUUACGACAUAUUUUUCUAGUGUUUUUCACUAAUCGCUUUCCGAGUGGAACCACUUCUUGCCGAGAACGUCCCUGAGGUUUUGCUGCAAUCAGGGUGCUGUUAAUCACUGUUGCUUUAUUUGUACACGAAAUUUACGUUCAAGACUCCAUCCUCUGCAAGGUUUGAUGAAGCGCUUUUGCUGCGCCAGGAGUAAUGUCUGAGAAGUGCAUAGUUCCAUUGAAAAGUAGCACUUGCACUAGCUUGUACAUAAUGGCCUGUUCUCCAUGCCCUCUGUACACUAAACACCCUUCAUACGAAGAGGUGAUUUUGUGACUCGGCUGUGUUUGUGUUUGCUUACUAAGUGUUUGCCACCACAGAAAAGGCUCAGUGGAUAUUUCCUUUUCCCAUUUUGAUUGCAAUGUUUAGUGUAGUAUGGCUGGCAGGCCAUGCUCUGCUCAUAAGAUCAACCUCAACCAUACAGUGUGGUGCUAAGAUGCAGCAAAAUGUUGUUAGUGCUGCUGCUUUUUUUUUUCCUUUUUGCAUUUACUUGCUCAACAGUGCUUGCUUGAAUGCCUAACGCAUUUGUGCUCCAGUACUUGAAUGCCAUUGGUUUUUACUUGUAUCACCAGAAAUGAUGUACCGUACUUAAGUUGUUUCUACGUGCUGUGGUGUUUAUUGCAUUUCAAUUAUGGCAGUUUGUGGGAUUCCUAAAGGCCACUGCAAAUGUGGUCAUCGUAGUACUGCUCAGUGCAUUAUAGAACAGGAAGCACUUAAUCCCGAAGUGUUCUGCCUGCAUAAUUUUAAAUACACAGGGUCUUGCAUCACAUUUUGUGCAACACCGUACAGACGGCUUCAUAUCAAUGCAACAGGGUCGUGCUUCCGACUAAUAUCGACAAGAUUCGUCAAUCUCGGCGCCAAGGAUUGCUACGAAUGUCUGCCUUCGUAAAGUAGACAGAUGCUUGCACAGUAACUACUGAUUAGCAAAGGAACUCUGUGUGAACCAAAAGAAAUAUGCAAGGCAACAGUACUAUGUACACAGUCCAUGCUAGUGUGUCCUGUGCAUCUUUUUUUCACUUUUUCUACUGGUCUAGAAGUAUUGUGAAGGUUUCAUGCCACCCUCGUGAUCACAGUAUUGCUACACAACAUGUGUGUCCUUUACUGCAGACAGACAGAUGAGGGGAACAGCAUGCUGUUGCCUAGAGCACGAUUUCACUCAGUUUUUAAGCUUUAUUUUGAUUACACAGAUGAAAGUGAUCUUUUCUUUUGAAUUAAUAUGGCACAAAUGCUGCUCAAUGAUCGAAGUGUAGCACCUUGUUUUGUUUGUAAAGUGUGAUCAAUAAUGUGUGUGGUUGUGUACACAUAACAUUAUUCAGCAUACAGAGCUCACUGUAGAAACUUUAAAACCACAAGUUAUAGAGAAUUUAAAAAAAAGUAACUUUAUAUUUAGUUUUGUUUAAGCAGAAGUUUAGUUUGUUGAAUGAACACGAAGUACCAUUCUUUAUGCAAUUGAAAGAAUAUUUUCGCUUUAACAUCCUAGUUUGGGCAGUAUGCAAUAUGUAUCAUUGUAUAAUACAAAUAGUAUAUCGUGUAGUUAAACCUUGCAGAGUACAUAGCAUUAAUAAGUAAUUGUGAAAUGCAAAACUCGAUGCAGGUUUCAUAUUGUUGCAUGUGAUAUGUCACUCGUUGCACCUUGUGAUGAAAGAUAUGGGAAAGAUGCUGCACGCUUGAUUCAUAAAGUCCUCCAAUGGAGCAUUCAGUGGGUAGGGAUUGCUCCAGCAUGCGCUGAUGGAUGACAGUUGUCCAAUGAUGUCGUUAAUCAGCACUGUUGCUCCCUUGAGGUAAACCACGAACAUGAAAGAUUAUCCAUCACUCAACCAUAAUUCAUUAAUUGUAAUUAGAAAUAAGGCAGUUUGCACGUCUUGUGGCAAAUGCUAGUUUCACUGUCACUAUUAGUGUGAACGGUGAAUGCUGCAAUAUAAAGGUUUUUUUCUUUUUUGCCUCUAUUCUGUAGAAUACCAGUUCCAAAUUGGGGCCCUGCGUGUUUAUCUGGUAAUAACAGAAAGUACUUCCGAAAGAAGUAAUUGGCAGCCAUCAAUUUGUAGAUUUGUUGUUGAUGCACAAACUGAAAGCUGCAUCUUGGGGAGAUUACCUGAUUUGCUCGCAUUCGUGUGUUCAACAUUUUAUGACGAACUUCCCCUUUUAACAUACAUAUACAGUUUGUGCGCUACAAAUUACGUUAUCAGAAAAUAUUCUGGACCUCAGAUCGAAGCUUACGGUAACUCACAAUGGCUGGAGUGAGUCAUCCUCAAAGUACAACACCCAUUUGCACCCGUCAAGUGUGUUAAGUCAACAUCUCUGAAAGCGUACAGACAAUUCAAAAACUAAUUUCCAUUAUGUAUGGCUACACCAUUGCUGUCGCUAACCAUCCCGUUUGGGUUCGUUUGAGUGCGAAGACUGUAAAUAAGGCUGUGUUGCCAAUCUUUUGUCUUCUGUGAUGUGAUGUUCACGUUGAGUAAUGUAACUUUGAAAACUCAAGGUGGCGGGUGCGUUUUGAAAAAAGGGCAGAAGAAACAAACAAAAAAAUAUAUUUAUUCUAUAAGUGAGUUGUGUUGUUGUGGUAUAGUGGAAUUGUGGUGCACUUGUACGUCGACUGUGUUAACCGAAUAUACUUGUGUACGUGCACGCAACAAUGCCACCAAUCAGUAGACAUUCCAUUUUGUUACCCAAAGUUUUCUUUCCGAGCACAAAGUCAUAUGUCUAGUGUUUUGCAACACAAUGUGCCUGUGAAGUACUUUAUACUGGAGUACAUUGGUCUGCAUGGUUUACUGUGCAAACAAAUAAAAUAUUUUCACAAAUCAU